UCCCGUCAGGCGCGGGAAGGGCGCAGAGCCUCGUGGGCUUGGAGGGGCUCUGCGAGCUCUGCAGUUGAGGCCUUGGUCUGAGGCAGGAGUCUGAGGUCACAGAGCAGAGGAGGCGCGGCCGCGUGCCAGUCGGUUGUCCAGGCGAGGGUCUGGUGACCAUCAUGCCCCUGGGUGAGAGGAGUGUGUUCUGCAAGCCUAAGGAGGAGCCAAGAGAGGUCCCGCUGCCACGGGAUGCACCGCUGCCAGAGCCUGAGGACAGGGAGGUGGAGGAGGUGGAGUUGAAGAAGGAGGAGGUGGAGGUGGAGGAGGUGGAGGAGGUGGAUUUGGAGGAGGAGGUGGAUUUGGAGGAGGAGGAGGUGGAGGAGGUGGAGUUGAAGGAGGAGAAGGUGGAGGAGGAGGAGAUGGAAGAAGUGGAUUUGGAGGUGGAGGUUGAGGUGGAGGAGGUGGAGGUUGAGGUGGAGGAGGUGGAGUCGGAGGAAGAGGAGUUGGAAGAGGAGGAGUUGGAGGUGGAGGAGGUGGAGUCGGAGGAAGAGGAGGAGUUGGAGGAGGACGUGGAGUUGGAGGAGGAGAAAGCAGAGGAGGAGGACGGGGGGUACCUAUCUCCCUCCUCCUCCUCCUCCUCCCCUUCCUCCCUGUCCUCCUCCUGCUCUGUCCUCCUUCUGGUCCCCCUGGAGGAGGGGUCUGCUGCUGCCGGGUCCCCGAGUCCUCCCCAGAGCCCUCGGAGCUCCUGCCCCUCCCCCAGUGCCAUGGCAGGCGCUUCGGGGAGCCAGUCCCACCAGGGCUCCAGCAGCCCCGAUGAGGAGGGGUCGAGCACCUGGGGGGCCCCGGCAGGGGCCCAGGCCUCGCUCCCAGAUGCGCUCCGCGUGAAGGUGGCCGGCCUGGUGCUGCUUCUGCUCCUCAAGUAUCGCACCAAGCAGCCGACCACAUGGGCGGAGAUGCUGGCGGCGGUUAGCCAAGAUGACCAAGACAGCUUCCCCGUGAUCUUCCGCCGAGCCUGCGACCUCCUGGCGCUGGUCCUGUGGGUGAUCCUCCUGGAGGACGACCGUGCCCCUGAGGAGGCGGUGUGGGAAGCGCUGGGGGUCAUGGGGGUGUAUGCCGGCAGGGAGCACGUAUUCUAUGGGGAGCCCAGGGAGCUGCUGACCGAAGUCUGGGUGCAGGAAGGGUACCUGGAGUACCGGCAGGUGCCCGGCAGCGAGCCCACACGCUACGAGUUCCUGUGGGGUCCCAGGGCCCACGCAGAAACCAGCGGCGUGCAAGUGCUGCAGCACAUCCUCGCGGUCAACAGCAGGCAGCCCGGGUCUCCGUGUCUGUCCGAAGAGGCUGUGAGCCAUGAGGAAGAGCGGGCCUGAGCCCGAGGGGCAGCCGGGCCCGUUCCCACCUGGGGUCGAGCAGCUUCUCCUGCGGGGCACGAAGCCAGGCCACUUCUCCCCUGCGAGUGCGAGCAGAGCGGGCGCUGGGCGUUAAGGUUUCGUGAGCUUCGGGCUCAGUGUGGGAGUGGCACCCACGCCACAGGUGUUCAAGAGUCAGAGUUGUGCCGUUUGGUGCAACGAGCUGGGAACCCUUCCGUCCUCGUUCGGGAUCCAGAAGGGAAUCGCGGUGCCUGGGCUGGGCACAGACAGGGAUGUCUUGCAAACGUGAAGACCUUGGCAGUAAACGGAUGGUUUCAGGGCAUGGAGCAAUAAAAGAUGUUCGUUCUUG